CCGUGUGCUGCAGGAUCCAGAGAGUUUAUGUGGAAGUAGAUUGUGUAGGGCUGGCACAUGCAACAUUCUGGGAACUCCCCUCGCCAUGUUGGUUUUGCUGGUUCUUGUCAUCGCUUCGCCCAACUACGUUUCCGGUGUUAUGUCGAGGCAGAAUAUGACGUCGAAUGACGUCACCAUUGGACGCAACACGAUCUCCCCUCACUACGCCUACAUCUAUUACGAUGGCCACAGUUCGCCUUCCGACACUAACAGCCCCUACUACAGUCCGGGGACGCAUUACCACCAGUACGAGGCGCCAGAAUACCAGCAGGGCCACGCUGCGGGGCUGUGUACGUGGCACAGCAGUUUCAUGGAUUACAUUCUUCAGAUUGGAGCUGCCAAGAUGGGUCUGCUGGCCCUCCUGAAGGCUGUCAUUACGGCGGUGGGCGCUACUGUUCUCACCAAACUGCCUCUUAUACUGUUCAAGCUCAUAGCCUUGCCAUUCGGUGUCAUUAUCCUGGCCCUCCCGUUGCUCCUGCCCAUUCUAGCCAUGUUCAUCCCAGUACCCGUCAUCUCUCUCAACGGCCAUGACCCUGAGGAGUGUACGUCCGACUGCGUCCCGUCCCGCCGUCUUCAAGAGAAAGUAUCGAAGGCUUUGAGGACUCUGCUGGACUCCGAGGGCUGCGUCGAAAGACUGGCUUGCGAGCUGGGGAGUGUGAACUCGGGACCGCAGUAUAAGAAACCCAUCUCGUGGUUGCUGGCGUACAUGCAGCGAUCAGCGCCGGAGAGCAAACAGGCGUCGCUUGCUGCCUAUCGGACCGCCUAUCUGCGAGGGAGCGCCGGUGAGCGCUGCCUAUACCCAUGUGACGUAGCGGUGCUUGUGAGCGCCAUGUUCGAAACCUGAAAGUACUUCCUGGCAACCUCAUCUUUCUAAACGCGCAUGUCAGUUUCAUCCUCCCUUGCAGGAGUGUGGACCCGGCCUUUGGGCUUUCAGAUCAUCAGAAUUAUAAUCUACAUGCGUAGGAUUACUACAGUCCUCUGGGAUGUGACGCCGUGUAGUCUGGCGGAAAGUUCCAAAGUUUUAGAGGAACAUACAGCUUUUAGGGUGGAAUAGAAGGUUGGUAACCACUUGCAAGACCAGACGGCGGCACAACCCAGACAACGGCAAUACGAAUUUUCAUUGA